GACAUGGAUGAGCCAGAUGCAGUAUGUCCCUCAGGAGCUAUUGGAAACCAGAGCAAGGCUGAAGUGAAAAAUGAAUCUUGAACUUCAAUUCAUGAGGUGACCAGAAACUCAAAUAAAAAUCGCUGUACACAGUGAUCUGCAGCCAUUUAAUCCCCUUUAAUCAUAACUGUGUCAGUGUUGUGCCUGAUUCUACUGUCCCCCAGUGGCUAAAAUCUGAUAUUGUAGAUCUGAGGAAAUUGUAAUAGAGACUAUAAUAAUGCUCAUAAGCCACACAUUUUGGACAACUCUUUUUUACCGCCAAAUUAAUACAAUAAAGAUGCUGGGGUACCAUUUGACUAACAAAUAAAGUUCAUCGUAGUUCAUCAGCUCUGCUACCUGAGGAAUCCCAGGGAUCAAUACCUCUCAAAACUGUUUUACAACAGGAGCUUGACUUCACUUUGUACAGCUAAUAAAUGAGAUUUACAUAAAAUAGGAAACAUUCUUUGUUGAUACCAAUGGGGUGAAUUUGGGUAUUACAUCAGCCCAAGGAUAGCAUUUGAAUAAGAAUAGAAUACAAAUAUUAUAAAUUAAAAUGUAUCUAUGUAGAACAAUUAGAUAAAGAAUAUAAUUUACAGGACUGCAAUAUGUGUGACAGAUGUAUAAGAGCAGCAAGUCCGAGUAAAUGACAAAUACAAUAUACAAUGAAAUGCCUAAUACCAUUACUACUACUAAUAGUAAUAUAUAGCAGUAUAUAAUCCUGAAAGAAUAACAAUGUGUAUUCUGUGCAAAUUUCAACUCCAGUCUAGUGCAGAAGAAGUGGGGGAGUAGUGACACUCAGUGGGGGUCGGUUGUUGGGCAACGAAUCAACAAACCGACAUGCAGAAUAUGUGACAGAAUAUUACUCAUCUCUGCUAUAACACUUUACAUUACAAACACAAAAAAAGUUAUGCUAUUAUCACACUGAAUUAAAACUAGGGCUGCUUCUCUAUUGUGAGGUCAUGUCAGCAGGCUAACCUAAUACUGAUGUACACAGAAGCUUAUGAUAGCCAAAAAUCUAAUCUGAAUUGUUUUCAAUUUAAUCAAGUAGCAUAUAUUAACCCAAUUAAGGUGCUCCGUCUUAAGAUAGAGAAAGGAACUAUGUUUACUCUCACAGAAGAGUAAAGAUGAGGUAUUAACCAUGUAUCUGUGGAAUCCUUUGCAGGGCCCUGUUCCCCUGACCCCACCGUGAACCUCUGCCUGUGCGUGACACACACACACGCGCGCACACACACACACACACACACACACACACACACACACACACACACACACACACACACACACACACACACACACACGGGUCGAGUUACCUGCCGGCUGCCCCUCUGCUGUGGACAAACCUCGGAGGUGGCCGACUGAACUUAAACGCAUCCUGCGGCCCCGUCUGCAGUUCUCGCCUCUCAUUGGCUGAGAGACGCGCGGCGGACUCUCUCGGACCGCCGCUGAUUGGCCGACCCACCCUUCAGUCACGCGGAUUCCCCUUCCCAACAGACUAAACCAAGGGGGGCAGCUGCAGCAGGAGCCAGUGCGGCUCAAUGUCACCGGGCGCAGGAGAAGAUGUUUCACAGCGACGUCGAUAAUGCGUGUCGCCACAGGCCCGUGACGACACUCAUCCAAGUUGUCUACACUUAGGGCCCCGUGGCUGUGCCCUGACACUAUCAUCUGUUCAGCCUCUUUUCUCCAACCCUCCAUCUCCUCAUCCCUCCUCCUCAGCCUGUGACCUAUUUAUACCCUGGGGGACUCAAAAGAGCCCAUUAAAGCUCCGCAGAUCUCUUCAGAGACAACCAUGAAGCCAAUAACCCAUGAUCUGUCUGAUCUCCAGCCUUGGCACCUUUUCUUCAAUAUAUAAAAUAAGGAGAUGAUGUUCCACUGUGGCGAGGACAGGUCGCAGCUGCAGCACGUUUGAGGAAUUUAGGAUGCGGCGGGAUGGUUCUGCGGACUGCAGCUUCUGUCCGGGUUUAGAUGAAUGAAAAGAAAACACAUUCAUAACAUGUGUUUUUUUGAUGUAGCUUUCUCACUGGCAAUGGUAUUCGGGCAAGGACACUGAAGGGAUUUUCCUGCUCAAAGGCUCACAUAUGUGAAGUCAUGCAUCACUCCCAGCCAUGAGCUAAGUGUGCUCCACCCUUUGGUGUGCCGUGCAGGAUGACCGCUGUCUGCCCCUCUGAGAGCAGUCCAGAAGGUACUGAAGCUGGGGCUGGGACAGCAGGCUCCAGGGGGUCGGGGCCCGCAGGCACCGCCGGGAGCAGCUCAGUUUCUGGGGCCGAGGUCGGGGAGUCCAAGGGAGACUCUGUCGGAGGUUCUGUCGGAGGCACGGUUGUGGCUACUGGUGGCCAAAGGUACACCCGCUGGAGCCGCCAGGACAGCUCCGACAUCAACACGGACGAUGAGGGAGCCACCAUCCGCCGCCUCACUCCACUGGAAAGGCUGAACCUGGAUAUGUGCCAGGACGAUAGGGUCGUCCGUGAGCUAACAGUGGGAAGAAGAAUCGGCUUCUACAAAAUUCGAGGAGAGAUCGGUUGUGGAAAUUUCUCCCACGUCAAGCUAGGAAUCCAUGCCCUCACCAAAGACAAAGUGGCCAUAAAGAUCCUGGACAAAACCAAGCUGGAUCAAAAGACCCAGAGGCUGCUGUCCAGAGAGAUCUCCAGCAUGGAGAAACUUCACCAUCCCAACAUCAUACGCCUCUAUGAGGUGGUGGAGACGUUGACGCGGUUGCACUUGGUGAUGGAGUAUGCAGGCGGAGGGGAGCUCUACACCAAAAUUACCACAGAAGGGAAACUUUCUGACACCGAUUGCAAGAUUGUCUUCGCUCAGAUCCUCUCUGCUGUUCAACAUAUGCAUGAAAGCAACAUCAUCCACCGUGACCUGAAGGCAGAAAAUGUCUUCUACACCAGCAGCUCUUGUGUCAAAGUGGGGGACUUUGGGUUUAGCACACUGAGCCGCCGCGAUGAGACACUAAACACGUUCUGCGGCUCUCCACCUUACGCCGCGCCCGAGCUCUUCCGGGACGAGCAUUAUGUUGGCAUCUUUGUAGACAUCUGGGCCCUCGGCGUGAUGCUGUUCUUUAUGGUGACAUGCACCAUGCCAUUCAGGGCGGACACAGUGGCCAAACUCAAGCGAUGCAUCCUGGAGGGGGCCUACAUCCUGCCCUCCUGGGUGCCAGAGGCCUGCCAGAGGCUGAUCAGAGGAAUCCUUCAACCCAUACCGUCUGACCGCUGCACAGUGGAGCAGAUGAUGGGCUGUGAAUGGCUUCUCCCUGUGGACUUCCCGCGGGCCAUGGAGCCCUUUAGACUAGACCCGUCCUACCUUGCAGAGAGCGAUCCAUCUGAACUCAGAGAGGAAGGGAUGGAGGUAAAAGCAGCACUGGAGACACUAGGAAUCACCUCUGAACACAUCCUCAACAACCAGGGGAAAGACUGCAGGAGCUCCAUCACCGGGGUCUAUAGGAUCCUGCUACACCGCGCUCACAAGAGACGGGCAGUUGAGAGCGCGCCUGCGGUCACAAAGGUAGUCGGAACAACUACAACAAGGAAAAAGGAACGACUAAAAGUGUACCGUAAUUUACGGCACACAUCAAAACUCUGUGUGAUUCUGUGACAAAGUGCUCUGCUUCACUCUGGAAAGUAAUUUAAUUUAGCGUCUCGGAUGGGACUGCAUGGACUUCAUUAGAAAUAAAAAAUGCUUUUCAGUUCAGCAUUAUACGGUAAAUGGAAACCAAGGUAUAUAACCCUACUCUGCUCCUGAAAUCUGGGAUUUCUUACUUUAGUAUCUCUUAUAGUAAGUGAAUUUAGUCUCUGUGAGAAUGUUGCUACCAGUGAUAUCAUUCCUGUCUCGUUUUUUGACAGGGACCUAUUCCUCAUGAGAUAAGAUGGCAUUCAUAACUUUUAUUUGGGUCACGGAGGCCAGAUAGUUGUAGCCCACUCCCAUUCUAUGCUUAGUUGUCAUGUGACAUCAAUGAGCCCAAUGAGAAAUCAAUGUAGCAUAAAUCUUACAGAAAAGAUUUAGAGAUCCACAUUAUGGUGAGGCGAUGAAGUGGUGAAGCAUGGAGUCAGUACAUGAAAUGUGUUUUUAAUGAUUAAUUGCACUUUUCUUCGAUGCCUUAGUUUUCUAUAAUGCUGUGAAAUCAGACAGACUGUUUUUUUUAACUCAUUUUGUUUUUAGCUUUCACUUCUUCCCCCUGUUGCCUGAAAAAAAGUCAAUACAAGACAUUAAGCUUUAAAAACCAACACACCAACCACCAAAGUUUUGAUUUGUCAUUUUGUCAUGUGGCAAAAUUCAUUUUCAGUUCUGUGCAUUUUUUUUAAUCAUCUGAUGCCAUGUCCAUGAUAAUGUGUUGACUAAAAUAAAUUUAAAAAAUGAA